AUGGAAAAUAAUGAUCCAAAUGCAGCUCCGGCAGAAGGAGCUGCACCAGCGGAAGGAGGUGCACCAGCAGAAGGAGCUGCACCAGCAGAAGGAGCACCACCGGCCGAAGGAGCUGCACCAGUAGAAGGUGCUGAAGGAGCAGCUGUUCCCGCAAAAAUCGAUACAGGAUCCGAAGACAAGAAGGAAGGCGAAGGAGGGCAAAGGGAUGAAGGUUUCGGAAAUGCGGUCGAAUUCUUGUUGACUUGCUUGGGAUUAGCGGUAGGACUUGGCAAUAUUUGGAGAUUUCCGACGCGAGCAUUUAACAAUGGAGGAUCGGCCUUUCUGAUUCCAUACAUUACUUGCGCUUUAACAUUUGGACUUCCGGCAGUGUAUCUUGAGUUCGUUGCCGGCCAAUACAAUCGGGUGUCGCCUCCGAUCAUUUUUCGGAGAAUUCGGCCAGUUCUCGAAGGCAUCGGAUGGAUGGGAGCGGCCGUCGCAGCGACAGUCGCCGUCUACUACAUUGUCAUCAUUUCGUGGAUUUCCAUCUACAUCGUGAACAUUUUCCGAGGCCACAUUGAUCUUUGGACGAAAUGUGACAACCCUUGGAAUCAUGCUGACACUUGUGUCGAAAUGCUGAAGCAAAAGUUGUGCGAUUCAGUUGAUAAGCUUAAUGGAACGGGUAGAGUAGCCGAAAAAUACGUAUAUAUCAAUGGGUCUUGUGUUGACGCAACGACGAUCGAAUCAACAUUGAUUAGUGCCACGGAACAAUAUUUCAUAUAUAACAUUCUGGGCCCAUCUGAUGCACUGUUUGACAUCAACACUAUCAACGUGCCGGUACUCAUAUCCAUGACAUUUUGUUGGAUUUUAAACACUCUUCUGAUUAUCAAAGGAAUGAACAUCAUGGGAAAAGUUUCCUAUUUUUCCGUUCUCUUGCCAUAUUUCAUUGUGACCAUUCUGUUUUUCCGCGGAAUAACACUGGAAGGUGCCGGAACAGGACUAUUUUAUUAUCUCGGAAAUCCCGACUUUUCAAAAAUCUUUUCGGCAAAAACGUGGUCGGAAGCUCUCAAACAAUUGUGUUUUUCGUUAUCAGUGGGACACGGCGGAUUGAUGAGUAUGGCUUCAUAUAAUGCUAAGAAAAAUAACUGUUUUCGGGAUUCUCUUAUCCUUAUUGCUGGUGACACAAUGAUGAGUCUCAUGGGAGGUGCUGCUGUAUUCUCAACAAUGGGAUUCUUAGCCACUCAACGGGGAGUGACUGUACCAGAAGUUGUUGAUAGUGGGCUUUCCUUGGCUUUUGUCGUCUAUCCAGAAGCCGUGUCCCAAAUGCCAAUGCCCAUUAUUUGGAGUUUCUUGUUCUUCCUUAUGCUCUUCCUUUUGGGUAUUAGUACAGAAAUUGCACUUGUCGAAGUAUUCUGUUCAUGCUUCUGCGAUCAGAGCAAGUUAAUGCGCAACAAAAAAUGGAUUGUUGUGAUUGUUUGGAGUAUUUUCCUAUAUCUCAUUGGUAUAAUAUUCUCUACAGAUGCCGGUUUAUAUUGGUUCGAAAUGUUCGACGACUAUUCGGGAUUCAGUUCGCUGUGCACAGCGUUUUUGGAAGUGGUCGUGAUUGUCUAUGUGUACGGAGUGCAGAAUUUCUCAAAUGACAUCAAAGAAAUCAUCGGAGAGCCAAAAUCACGUAUCACAGCUCUAAUUGGUCCAUCUUCGCCGUACUUUGUGUGGAAUUGGCGAAUCAUUACUCCCUUGAUUGGAAUUGUUCUCAUCGCUCUUUCUUUUGUCAGGGAUUAUCCUUACAAUGGAGAUGGAUGGAAAUAUCCACCGUUUUUCGAUAUUGGAGGAUGGGGGAUUCAAGUUUUCGUCCCUCUUCUUCUUCCCUUAUUUGCACUUCGAACAUUUUUGCACUUCAAAAAGCGGGGAUAUGAUCUCCGAGGAUUGUGGAUGCUUCAAAAACAACAUCCCUCAUAUCCAAGAAUUUGUGAAGGAAUGAACGAAGCUGAAAAGGAGUUGCAGAAAAUCUUGCCCGACAAAGAACCCUGGGAUGCGGAUUACGAUGGAAAUGAAACAGUGGUUUCGAUGGAAGGGCAAAAACCGUCUAAUGAAAAAAUUCCAAGUCUUAUUACUUAA